AUGAGCGCAUCGUUUGAUUUUCGAGCUGUGCUACUCAAAAUACAAGAUCUUCUAUCGGAUAACGAUCGGCAACGACUGCAUUUUCUUCUUGGUGAAGAUGUUCCGAGACAUUUGCGCGAUGAUCCAUCAUUUACUGGAACACUUCGUGUACUCGAAUCUCUUUUCGAAAAAGCAAUUAUUAACGAUCAAGAUUGUGACUAUCUCAUUGAAGCAUUCGAGAAAAUUCAAUGUCAUGACGCGGCUAAACGUCUGAAAGGCAGGUUCUUGCUGAUUUUUGCGAUUUUUAUUUGAUGACCUGUAUAUGUCUUUCAGAGUACCAAAGAGCUCGGCAAAAAAGCGACCAACGAAGUUUCUCACUUCAAGAUAUUCUUUUGCAAGACAAUGAAGAGGAUAAGAUUGGUUCGGCGAGUUCGUAGAAAUAGAAGACUAUACUUUGCGUACAGUUACAAAUUUCUUUUUCAGGGUUUAUGUCUGACAUAUCUGAUCCAAUCUCUACUCUCCAAUACUCAUCUUUGACUGAAGACAUUACCCUCAAAAGUAACGAAAUAAUUUCAUCACUAUCUGCGGAUAACAGAACGAAAGAGUAUACUCAUACAUCUCGAUGGAUGUACCGGAUACUCAAACGACCAUUUAAUAUUCGUGAAUGCAUUCUAUUAAUCUUCACUAUUUUGGCUCUGUUAGCUCUUCCACUAGCCAUCAAGUUGUCGAGAAAAUCUACUCCAUGCACCAUGACGACGACACAAAGUAAAUUAUAGCCACCAUAAUGAUGUGCUAUACGGUGAUAUAUUCAGAUUUCUUUUCGCUUAUAUCCUUCAUUUUUUUUGCUGCUAAAAUCGGGGUCAGUAGAGUGACAGACGCAAAAGAAGGGAU